AUGUCUAACACAAACACAUUGUAUUGUUUACCGGGUGAUUGUUUGGUUAAAUGUGAUGAUCAGACAACUGGUCUGAACGGCACGUAUGCUAUUAAUGGGUAUAUCUAUGCAUCGAUGGCAGGAACUGUUGAAUUGGUUCAUAAUAGUGAUAAUACGAAAACAAUUGAAGUGUUGACCACUGAAGAUAAGAGACAUUUGUUACCACAAAUGGGUUCAAUAGUGACCUGUCGUGUGAUAGCAAUAACCCAUAAUGUGGUCCGUCUUAAUAUCCACUGUAUUGAUGGUCAAGUCCUUAAACAACCGUUUCGUGCGAUUCUUAGAAGAGAAGAGAUUUGUGAAGACGAGAAGCAAAAGGUGUCGAUAAGUGAUUCAUUUGGUCCGUCGGAUAUAAUUGUGGCCAAAGUUGUUGGUUUUGGAGAAAACAAUAAUUUUUUGGUUACCACAGCUCAUAAAGAGUUGGGUGUUGUUGUCUCUCUUAACCAUUCAGGACUCCCAAUGAAACCGAUUAGUUGGACUCAAAUGUUAUGUCCGACUACUUAUGUUAAGGAAAGACGAAAAGUGGCACAACUGGUCAGUACUUCAACUAAUAAUGAUAUCAAUCAGUAA